AUGCAUUCGGAUAUUCGUCAACAAUCCCCAGAUCGUGGGGUGGAGGUUAUAGAAAAACAUGGCGACUUGGAAAUGGGUUCUCCCUGCACACUUCAGAGUCCCGAGCCCAUGGAGAAUCCCACAGACACUCUGGAUCUUGAAAAACUUGGGCGAGAGCGACCAGCAUGUUUCUCAAAUCUAUGGACAGAACUAGCAUUUUGCUUUUCCAUCGUGAUGUCCCAAAUCCUGGCUGAAUACUUCAUCUCAGGGUCGAAUGUGCUGUUACCCACACUGGUCAAGGAACUCCAUAUCCCUGAAGCAUCCACAAUAUGGCCAUCAACCGCAUUAUCGCUCGUCGUCACCUCAACUCUCCUCAUCUUCGGCCGUCUGACAGACAUGCUCGGCGGAUUCGCCCUCUACAAUGCGGGAGCAAUCUGGCUGACCAUCUCCUCGAUCCUGACCGGUGUUUCGCAGUCAUGGCUAAUGUUGCUCAUUUGCCGCGCGCUGCAGGGACUCGCGCUGGCAGCCUUUCUGCCGUCCGGGAUCAUGAUUCUCGGCAGCACAUACCGACCCGGCCCUCGCAAGAACCUGGUGUUUAGUGUGUAUGGCGCAUGCGCAGCGCUAGGAUUCUUUGCGGGUAUUUUCUUUUCGGGACUGUGCAGUCAGUUCCUCAGCUGGAGAUGGUAUUUCUUCAUCGGGGCGAUCCUGUCUGCUAUUACUGCGGUCUCGUCGUUCUUUUCGAUUCCUCGCGACUACGCCGAAAAGCGAAAACUGGGAAUCCGCAUGGACUGGGCUGGGUGUUGCCUCUCCGUACCGGGAGUCGUCUUGUUGGUGUUCGCCAUUGCGGAUAGUUCGUUUGCGCCGCAGCAGUGGAGAACGCCUUAUAUCCCGCUCUUCCUCAUCCUGGGAGUCAUUCUACUGGCGAUAUUUACUUAUGUUGAGGGGUGGGUCGUGGAGAAUCCUCUUCUCCCUGGUGACAUCUUCCGGGUGAAGUAUAUGACGCCCUUGGCAAUCGCCUUGCUGUUUUUGUAUGGCACCUUGGGGAUAUUCCUUCUCUAUGCUGUUCUCUACAUGUCCGACAUCAUGGGCGCCGGCCCCCUCCAAAUCGUGGCAUGGACCACCCCAAUGGCAGUUGGGGGUUUGAUUCUCUCUGUCGCCGGUGGGAUGAUAUUCCACAAGAUCUCAGGAACCAUCCUGAUGCUGAUUUCCUGCCUUGGAUAUGUGGGCUGCGGGCUAUUAUUCGUAGUGAUCCCCCUCGGUGGCAUGUACUGGAAGUAUGUAUUCCCUGCGAUGGUCUGCGGCACGAUCGGCAUCGACAUCAGCUUCAACCUUGCCAAUAUCUUCAUCACAACAAAUAUGCCCAAAUCAAGACAGGGGCUGGCGGGCGCCUUGAUUAACUGUACGCUUCAUCUGGGCAUUGCCCUGAUGCUUGGAUUCGCCGAUAUUGUUCAGACAUCGUUUCGCCACCUCGGUGUUCGGCAAGGAUACAAAGCAGUAUUUUGGUUCCAGUCGGGCUUGGCGAUAUUGGGACUGUUAACUGUUUUGUUCUUUGUGAGGAUCCAUCAUGCCAAGAGUGAGCUGACUAUGGACGAGCGACAGGCCUUGGAAUCGGAGGCCGACAAUAGAACGGGGGAGGUCUGA